AUGACGCAACCUAGCGACUCAAUGCAGCUCCACCUGGGUGCCUCGCUGCCCGAGCGCAAACCUGCUGGGGCUGGCCUUGCGGAUAAACCCAACACAACCUACCUGCCCAAGGCAGCUCCGCCUGGGUGCUUCACUGCGUGCUUCACCGCGCAAAAACCUGCAGGCAACCCAGCCCUGGUGCUGGCCUUCCAGCUAAACGCAUCUAAGCCUACCGGCCCAAGGCCACUCAGCCUGGGUGCUUUACCAUGCACCCCCUGGGGCUGGCCUUUCGGAGCAGCACAAUGCAACCCGGACGCUUCUCUCCCUGAGAGCAUCACCCGGGUAAAGCCUACCGGCCGUGGGCACUCAUUAUUGGGCAGACUUCCAGAGUCUAGUUGCUACCCGAUGAGCGCAAGGCGGUCUGGGCGCUUCGGCCUAGUUGCAGCUGGCUGUGCCUGCUUUCAGACAACGUGGGAUAAGCCCAACACGGAGAUGGGUGCCGUCACAGCUGAGGUGGAAACCGCCAUGGCUGCCGAAGGCGCCAAAGCAGGGGAACAGGAUGGGCGGCCGGGGGCAAUGCAGCUGCUGCAGCCAGGGAUGGCGCCGGCGUCAGGCAGCGGGCUGCAGCAGCCCAACACGGAGAUGGGUGCCGCCGCCGCUGAGGUGGACACUGCCAUGGCUGCCGAAGGCGCCAAAGCAGGGGAACAGGAUGGGCGGCCGGGGGCAAUGCAGCUGCUGCAGCCAGGGAUGGCGCUGGCGUCAGGCAGCGGGCUGCAGCAGCCCAACACGGAGAUGGGUGCCGCCGCCGCUGAGGUGGACACUGCCAUGGCUGCCGAAGGCGCCAAAGCAGGGGAACAGGAUGGGCGGCCGGGGGCAAUGCAGCUGCUGCAGCUAGGGAUGGCGCCGGCGUCAGGCAGCGGGCUGCAGCAGAUGCCGACCCAUGCUGCAGAAGCGGCUGUCGUCGAGGACACUGCUGCAGUGGUGGUGAAUCACGAUCCUGAGAUGCAUCUUAAAAUUUUCUCAGACCAACACAAAACUUGGGCGGAGAUGCACAACCUGGAUUUGAAGGCCGACGAGGGCCAGCUCCUUGCGGCCAUCCUCCAGUGGCCUGAGCAGUAUAAACCCUACUGUGGGAGUGAGGGCUCCUUUCAUCACUCCUUUGCAGUAUGUGGAAUUCUGGUGGCGAAUGGCAUGUAUGCCCCAGACUUUAACAACCCCAAGCUGCAGGCUAUCAACCACUUCACUGAGGACAUGAAGUCUGCCCUGCUGUCUGGGGGGCUGAAGCAGUUUGAGCUUGCACUCCUUCUUGCGGGUCUGAAUCCCAACACGGAGAUGGGUGCCGCCGCCGCUGAGGUGGACACUGCCAUGGCUGCCGAAGGCGCCAAAGCAGGGGAACAGGAUGGGCGGCCGGGGGCAAUGCAGCUGCUGCAGCUAGGGAUGGCGCCGGCAUCAGGCAGCGGGCUGCAGCAGUUUCCUAAAAUCUCAGGUCCGGAAAGUGUCCAGGGUUCAUCAAGGACCGAAUUUCUUCAGCAUUCCAACCUAAGCUUGGAUGAGGAGCGUGCUAUUCGUAUAGCCAAACAAAAGGAAAUCCUUGCAAAGCUAGGACUUCAAGCCAUUGUUGACAAUAUCCGGUCGCCUCGCUCGCCUAUCAGACGACAGAGUACCCACUCAGCUCCAUUGGAGACUCGCAGAUCCACUAGGCUUACUGUCUUAUCAUCAAAGCUUAGCAAGCAACAAGUGAAGGGAGACGUGGGAGCACAGGGUCAGCAGGUCCGGAAGCGUGCAAAGUCUGCUGCAAGCAAUGACUGCAGCAAGAGGACAAAACGUACCGCACAGGAGAUGGCGGGCUUGCUUGAGAAGGAGUUUCACUGGGACAUCAUGUCUGCAUCCAACUUCAGGGACAUCCCGAUGCCGACCCAUGCUGCAGAAGCGGCUGUCGUCGAGGACACUGCUGCAGUGGUGGUGAAUCACGAUCCUGAGAUGCAUCUUAAAAUUUUCUCAGACCAACACAAAACUUGGGCGGAGAUGCACAACCUGGAUUUGAAGGCCGACGAGGGCCAGCUCCUUGCGGCCAUCCUCCAGUGGCCUGAGCAGUAUAAACUCUACUGUGGGAGUGAGGGCUCCUUUCAUCACUCCUUUGCAGUAUGUGGAAUUCUGGUGGCGAAUGGCAUGUAUGCCCCAGACUUUAACAACCCCAAGCUGCAGGCUAUCAACCACUUCACUGAGGACAUGAAGUCUGCCCUGCUGUCUGGGGGGCUGAAGCAGUUUGAGCUUGCACUCCUUCUUGCGGGUCUGAAUGCACUCUGCCAGGGAGACGUGGGAGCACAGGGUCAGCAGGUCCGGAAGCGUGCAAAGUCUGCUGCAAGCAAUGACUGCAGCAAGAGGACAAAACGUACCGCACAGGAGAUGGCGGGCUUGCUUGAGAAGGAGUUUCACUGGGACAUCAUGUCUGCAUCCAACUUCAGGGACAUCCCGGAGGUGAAGGUUCGGAUUGCAGAACUUAUUAAUAAAUUUGGCGGAACUGAAGGUGCCGCCACCAUGGUGAUGAGCCAACCCCUGCCCAGCAGGGUGCCCAGCCUGGAGGAGAUGGACAAGUACAAGUCGGCAGGCGGCCAUGUGUCCUACCUCAACAAUCUGGCUGACAAGACGAUUGGCUGCUAUCUGGCAUCGGUUUCCAUUGAGGACACCAUUGAGAUCCUGGUCAUUGGCAAGAUGAAGGGGCUGCACCACCGUGCAAAAUUUACCCUGCCUGAGCCUACCAAGACACUCGCCAUCAAGGACUACCCCUUGACCAUGUUUGAUAAAGUAACCUGGCCUGUUCUGGGCAUCCUGGCUAUCGACAAGGGCAGACAUGCUGUGCCCUGGGCGUGUGAUACCCUGGGCGUCAGUGCAAAGCAGAUAUCAUCAGCCUUGAAGGGGAACAACAUUAAGGGUUAG